AUGCUGAUCCCAAAGGCCGACCGCAAGAAGAUCCACGAGUACCUCUUCCGCGAGGGUGUGCUCGUCGCAAAGAAGGACUACAACCAGCCAAAGCACGGCGAGAUUGACACCAAGAACCUCUACGUCGUCAAGGCCUGCCAAUCCCUCACUUCCCGCGGCUACCUCAAGACUCAGUUCUCCUGGCAAUGGUACUACUACACCCUCACCCCAGAGGGUCUCGACUACCUCCGCGAGUGGCUUCACCUCCCAGCUGAGAUCGUUCCACAAACCCACGUCAAGCAGCAGCGCUCGCACGCUCCUCCACGCGGCAUGAUGGGCGGUGACGACCGUGAGCGCCGUGGCGGUGGCCGUGGUGGCCCACGUGGUGACCGCGGCGAUCGUGAGGGUGGAUACCGCCGUCGCGAGGGUGGUCUCGGUGACCGCGAGAACAAGGAGGGUGGUGCCCCAGGUGGUUUCAACCCAGAGUUCCGUGGCGGAUUCGGUCGUGGCCGUGGCGCUCCACCAGCUUCCUCUUAG